CCUCGAUUCAGAGCGCGAGUUGGUCAAGACGAUCGCCAAGAAGCUCUGACACGGUAAGUUUUCGUUGAGAGAUGGAACCUCCGAGGCUGCUGGAACAGGCGGUGCCGAUCUUCAGGGAAGGCAUAUCGCUGACGCUCGCCAGGUGGUCGGCUCUUCAGAUGGCCGUCGACAACGAGUGGGGCGGUCGCAACUCGCGGCAGAGGGCCGAUGAGCUCGGUCACGAGAUCUUCGACUGGUGCACGCAACCGACAGAACCGCUUUACAUUGACGAUUUGGAAGAUCUUCUGUACGAAGCCAUGAUUUCUCUGAACGUCGUGGCCGAAGAUGGCAGUGUAGAGGAGGUGGCGGAGAAAUUAACGUCCAUGUAUGAGGAAUGUCUGGAAGGGAACUUCACAACAAUUGAGAAACUAAGGGAGGCUUCUUUGAAGAAAGUAGCACCUGCGCACAUCAAGCAGGUUGUUGAAGGUGAAGAAGACGAAGAAGACAGUGAUAGCGAGGACAUGACCGUGGAUGAUUUGCCGUACAUGAUGGUGGAUGCACCAAAAUCUCAGUCGAGCCCGACUGCAGUCGACAAAGCUGGAGACGAGGGGAGGCCACCUAGGACGGCUGAUGCAGAUGGAUGGACAGUGGUUAGUUCAAGAAAAAGUAGGGCUAAAAAUUAGUAAGACCGAACUUGUCUAAGGUUCUGCACGUAUUUAUGGGUAGUUUGUUGGUACUUCUCUUCUUGCCAAGUUCAAGAGUGAUCCUUUGUAGUUGAUAUUUCUCACUAACG